AUGAUGUCUGGUGAUGAUAUGGAUGAUGAACUUUCCUCUGACGGUUCUGGAGAUGAAAUACAAGUCAUUAACGGACACAACAAGCGUAUUCCGACAGCACCUUCUGGCAGUUCUGUACCGUCUCGAAGGAGAAACCGCAAGGCUGGUAGUGAUGCCAUAGUUGAAGCCAUGCAAGAAAUCUCAGCAGCUUCCAAAUUGAGAUCAGCUGCUUUGAGUAAGAAGAACGGAGACAGAUUCUCAAUAAGCAAAUGCACCAAAGCCACGAACAACUUACAAGGUGUUAGAUACAAUCUUUGA